AUGCAGCCUCAGUUGAUUCGCGUGGCACGACGGAUUGCCGUGCGAAUCAGCUGUUUUACUCACCAGGGCUGCCGUAGAAGGACCCGAGUCCUUGUUGCGGUUCGCCGGCAGCAAGGGUGGACGGCUGAGGUCUCGGAGAGUGAGGACUCAGAUAAGGGGGUCUGCGCCCUGUGUUGGCACCCAGCGUGGGCUCAGGCCUGCGGGGACCGAGAGUAUCGGGGUGCGGACGGCCGCUGUCUCCUGUGCGAAUCCUGCCCAGCCGGAGAAGAGCCUGACAGAAAAUGUGGUUAUGGUUCAGGAUUGAGAAUGGCCUGCAAGCCCUGUUCGGCUGGUUUCUUCUCUUCCACCUCCGACCUGGAAUUCUGCUCACUGCAUACUUCUUGCGAGGCCAAGAACAGAGUCCGUAUCCGUGUCGGAACAGCGACUGCAGACGCCUUGUGCGGCGUCUGUUUACCCGGAUUGCACCUCCUGCCCCAAAUCCCACACAUAUGCCGGCAUCAGCACCACCUGCACACCGUCCAGGGGCUGGCCAUGCGUUCGGGCCCCUCCUGCACCCGCUGCAGCCAGAAGAAGUGGCCGGAGGUGCUGCGGGCCACCGAAGCCGUCUCCACCACGGUCCUGCCUGGCAGCCACGCCCCGAAACCCCCCCGGCCGGGGGAGAUCACCAUCCUCUCCGUGGGCAGGUUCCGCGUGGCCCGUAUCCCCGAGCAGAGACCCAACCCCACGGAACUGAAAACCAUCUCCGAGGGGUUGGGAGAGGCCGAGCCCAGCGAGCCCCCUUACGCCUCCCUCGCCCCAGACCAAAAGCUGCUGGUCAGCAACGGAGGAAGACUGAAGCGGCCCUCGGGGACAGAGAGUCCGCAAGAGGUUGUCAUUUGACUGCUUCCCGCGGCCGAGAAGAUGGGAACAACGCAACUUUUCCG